AUGAGCGAGGAACUUCUAUCAGCGUCUCAGACGGCUGCUUUGUUCGACAUACUGACUCACUAUGAUACAUAUGCUGAGAUCCGCGAGUUCAGAAACCCUGGGAGCCUCGCCCAUUAUGGCCCGCCGUUCACUCAUGAAAAGGACAAGCCUUCAACGGCCCCGACCCUACAAGCCCUUGUAUCAAAGUUCUUGCUCCCAAUGCCUGGCUUGAACAAUCUUCCGGGGAAGUGGUGGACGGUACAGUGUCUCAAUAUCAUUGGAGACUUGGAAAAUGCAAAUCUCAGUGAAAGCUACGAUAAAGGCGUCAUAGGAAGCCGGAAGACCAUCGCCACUGCCAUAUCAGCUCUGAUCGAGUAUCCCGUGCGAGGCAUAUAUGGUGGCAUACCUAAAACCGACAACGAAGUCUCGAAUUACGACCUCACGAAUGCCGAGGAUCUUUCUCGGGCUUUCCAUGAUUUCACGAACAAUAGCGUCUAUGGGAACGCCCUGGAGGAACUGGUAGACAAGGCCGCUCAGACCGACAGACUGAAAGAUCAUACACCUCUUACCAAGGCAAUACACGAAUUUGUGCUUAUCAACUUGGCUUCAUUCAUGCAUUAUACUCUGAUCUUGUCGCCAAAGGGUCAAUACCUGCUAAAGUUGAUUGACAACGCCAACAAGCUCGUACCUUAUCUAGUCGUCAAGCAGACACUAAAGAUCGGAAAUGUCGCGACUAUGAUCAAUGCCAUGAUGAAGGUCGGACUGGCCAAAAUGAGCAUGGCAAGUGUGACCAACUGGAUGGGUCUUACCCGCAAUCAGGACGAAGGCAUGAACCUGAUGCAGACGAUUAUCUCCACUGUCCUCAAUUGGGACAUCAAAGACCUGGAAACGCGCGCAACAAAACUUGAGCGGGAGCGUGCCAAACUCGGCAAGGAGGAACUGCAAAUCCUCAAAAGCUACACCACAAAGUCUCAAGACGACCAAGACCGCAUCCGCAGAGAGAGCCAGACACAAUCCAUCUCAAUAGUCACUGCCAUCCUGAAAGACAGCAAAUGCCAGUCGACCGAACUGACUGAGCAGCAUCACAAACGAGCCUUAGAGUACCUCUCAAUACACCUCUCAAUACGCGAUCGUAAACAACUAAUCCAAUGCCUCUGCAAAUCGAAUCCCGACUAUUUGACGACUUCCGUCAGAGAGGUGGUCGAUGCCUACGAAUCUGUCAUCCGACGAAUGCACAAAGCAAUAGACUUAUCUUCCACGGUGUCCGACCUGGAAUAUUUCCUCGGCGACAUGAUCAAGCUAUCUCGAAUCCAUACCGAUAAAUCUGGCAAGUCAAUCGUGCCCACGGUGGGCGACUUCGUCCAACUGCUGCGCAAGCACCAGCGAUCCUGUCAUGUCUUCAUACACCAGUGCUGCAAGAAUGACAAGGAGUUGACAGGUUGGUACCUCGACUGGGCCAAACACUGCGCAGCACAAUUCAGGAGGGAGUCACAACCGGGAUUCGAAUCCAAUCACCCAGACUUCGCACAAAAAGGAGCCGGCAACCUCACGCCGCCUCUUCACGAACUAUUCAGCGCACUGCCCAAGGAGACCCAGUGUCAAAUCACCCCCAUCCUGGAUUCACAUUCAGCAUACAUGGACAAGAUGCACGUCCAAUCUAAUGCCCGUCUGCAGACCAUCCUGAAAUCUCAGCCAUCAAAGAACCCAGCUAUCGCAAAGAUCUUCUCCGGUUCGGCCACCAGACCGAACUCAAGAGCUCCAAGUCCCGCGCCCGGGUCUCCCAUCGAGCGCACUCACAGUUUCUCGGAAGUACAGCAAUCCGAGACAAGCAAAUCAAUUAAGGAGGGCGCCACCCCCGAAGUAUCCUCGUCUCCUGGCCCGGGCUCCUUCCUCGCGCGCUGGCAGGCACUGCUCGAUGCCACGCCCAUCACGCCCUUGACGCAAUCAGGCCCGGUCAAGGCGGCGAGCAGUCCCGAGGUGGUGCAGUCAAGUGCGACCGACGUCGAUGGUUCAAAGCUCGCACACUUUGGUUCUGCAGAGGCCAAAGGCCAACAUAUUCGUGUCGAGGGGAAGGAAACUGAGGCUCGUGAACGACAGAAGCAGCUGAAGAUUGUUAUUGACGCCAUGGGACAGGACUUUCGGAACCUUUUGGCUGAGAAAGGCUGUCAUUGGUAG